UAUUUUCUUGACCUCUCUUUACCCACCUCCAUUUCUGAAUCCUCUGGAGCCAGGCUCUAGGUCACCACAAGCAUGUCCCUGCUCAGGUCACCAGCCCCCCCAGCUCAUAUGCUGCGAGCGUCAAUGGCUGCUCGCAGAGCACUCUCCAGCUCACCUGUCCCACGCCAGGAGGUCGUGACGCCAGCAGUCGGAACGGUCGGAUCAUUACCUCCUCCACGAAGAGGUGGAUUCAGAGGAGGAAUCCUAGGCUUCCUCUUUGGCUUCUCACUAGCCGGCUCGCUAGCCCUCUACUAUCUGAAUCAAGAACGAGAAGUCGCUUCGGGACUCCUUAUAGCGAGUAUAGACGAGCUGCAACAGAGCACAGGCAAGAUAACAUCCCAUCUGGACCGGCUGCAACAGGUUGAAAAAGAGGUAGCGAGUUUGAAAUCGUCGAUGGCUCAGAGAGACGAUGUGGUCAAAGUCAGAGGAGAGAUGAAAAAGGUCUAUGACGGACUACACCUUGAGCUGCUGGACAUGCGAGCGCAUGUGUGGGGAGUGGAGCAGGAUCUCCAAAAAGUCGUCAAGACGGAGUCAAUACGCAUCUGAAGUGAACAAGGUGGAAGGGAUGGCCAGAGCGAUCAGGCGAAUGGUGCCAGGAAAGGCGACAAACUCGGAUGCAUCGCACUUGAAACGCAUCUUGGUCUUUAGAAUGGUGGUUAGGUCAGGGUCGUCUGAUCUUGUCCAUGAAGAUGUGCAUGAUGUUGAUAAUGGCUACAUGUACAACAUG